AUGAACCCAGAUCGUGAUUACUUUUGCUCCUUUGAAGAAGUAAAUAAUCUUGAUGAUGAUAAUCGCAGAUCCCUUCUAAUAAGUGUAAUGUUUACACAAUAUAGACCAGGCUCAGCUUACCCUCAAUUUGCUGCAGCUAAAAUAUUUAUAAAGCGAAAUGAGAGAAAUGAAGCAGAAGUCAAUUUUUUAAGACAAGCUGGAAAUUGUCACCCAAAUGUAGUUAAGUUUUACUAUGACGUAGAUUUACCUGAUCAAAAAUAUGUUAUUUUUAUGGAAUUAUGCAAUAAAGGAAGCCUGGCUGAUAUUCUUUAUGCUAAGCGCCAUGAUCCCACUACUUGGACCAAAGACGAGACAUUAAGCAUGUUUAUCAUUAUCACAGAAGCACUUACAAGUUUGCAUAGUGCGGGCAUAGCUCACAGGGACGUUAAGCCUCAUAAUAUUUUUGUUAACCAAGAAAACGAAAUCCGCAUUGGCGAUUGGUUAAGCAUAAUAUUAAAUCCGACACACCUAUACCCUAACUAACUCAACACCCCCAUACCCUUUAUUUUUAUAUAUUUUUUUAAUUCUAUAGUUAACUACACUGACUGGCACGGGGUGCUUUUGGCUCGAAACUGAGCCAAAAGCACCCCGUGCCAGUCAGUGUAGUUCACUAUAAUAAUGAAUUGAUAUGCUAUGCCUCUAACGAUAUUUCUUCAUAUAAAAUAAUCUAGAAUAGGUAAUUAUAUUUAUAAGCGCAUCUUUAAUUUAAAUUAAAAUUAAAAUUCCUAGUGCAUUCUUAGUCAAGAAUUACACUGUAUUUUAGUUUAUUAUUGCUUAUUAAGCAUGAAUCAAGUUGAAGUCUGUUUGAAAACAGAAAGACUCAAAUAAGCCAUUAAAGUUUAAUUAUGUAUAUAGGCACAUACCUAUCUAGCAUCCAUUGCGUCAAAUUAAUGCGUAUUUAAAGAUGAAUCUACUUAAAUAGCUUAUUUCGUAUAUAAAUACUAUAUAUCUCAUAAUAUAAAAAUAAUAGCCAUUUAAUGUACUAGAGAUAUGAAAUAAAACACUUAAUAUGUGUGCAAACUUAUUAUAAUUUGUGCUUUAAAAGAGUAGGAAUAAAAAUAGUGCAAUAUUUCUUAUUAUCAAGAUUGAGGAGAGCAGGACGUUCGGAUUUCAUGCCAGACAUUUAUGCACACAUAAUAAAACUCUGCUCCAUUUUAAAGAGGGUUAGUCCACCAAAAAAUGAAAUUUACCAAUAUUUAUUCCAAUUAAAAAAAAGUUGUUAGGUAGAAUUAAUCCUUCUUUGUUACAAGGCAAACUUGUUUUUAGUAUAAAUGCUUGCAUAUAAUGUUUUGCAUAUAAUUAAUAGUUUUAAUAGCGAAAUUCUUUUAAAGUUUAAAUAGAUUGCAUUUUAAUGUCUAAAUUUAUUAAUAUAUUAAAAAUGUUUGAAAAUUUAGAUUAAAAGAAAAAAAAAAUAUCUAAUUAAUUUUUAGUUUACCAAUUUUAUAUGAGAGCUUUAUUUGCAUAAUAAACAUAUUAUAAAUAUAUUUUUUGGCUUAUAUUUAUUUCAAAUUAUGCAGAGCUAAAAGAUUAUGCAAUUAUCUAAGGCAUGGCAUAUAGUUAAAUUAAGUUUUUCUUUGAAUGACAUUUUUAUAGGGGAGCACUCGCUAUAUAAAUUCGCUAUUAGGGGGUAGAGGUGCGAGAUUGGGGAAUGGCGGAUGAGGUGUUGGGUUUCAAUUUAUGCUUGUCCAGGCAAUUUCGGAGAAUCUAAAGAAGUCAGGGUCGGUACUAAAAAUACUGCACUUGGGACACAUGGGUACAUGUCCCCAUUUUUGGAAAGAAUGCUAGAAAAUGGCGAAAUAAGAAGCCCACACAUUGAUCCUUAUAAGGAAGAUGUUUGGUCAACAGGAAAAACACUCUAUGAGAUAGCCACUAUGAAUUUGGGAGCAGAAAUAGGAAGAGAUAACACAAAAAUCCGCAAAAAGGUGCUGAAAAAUAUGAGAUUUUUUUGGUAUCAUGAUGAUGCAAUAGAAAUUAUUUUAAGCAUGCUGACAUGCGAUAAAAAUCUGAGACCAAGUAUGGCUGAAGUCUGUGCAAGAUUAAAAAGCUUACUCCCCCCUCCGUGAGUGAGAAAAAAAAUUGGAAAAAUCACUAUUUUUUGCCCAAAAGCCCACCCUCGUGAAUGAAUGAACAAAAAUUUUUUGUAAUAGAAAAAUUUUUUAUGGAAAAAAAAUUUAUAUAUAAGUGUUAAUUAGUAUAAUGAAAUCUCGAGCUAAUUCUGUAUAAUUUUAAAUAAAUUGUGUUUUAAAACAUAAAUUUUAAUAAAUUGAAUUAAUAUUUUUUCCAAUUUUUAUAGAAGUGAGAUUUUUAAAAUUUCGAAAACAAAUUUUCUAUAAAAUUUAUAUAUAAAUUUUUUAAAAAAAAAUUAACCCCCUCUGCAAGUGAACAAAAUUUUUGUUAACUCACGGAGGGGGGAGUUAGAUAUUAAUAAUUUUGGCAUUCCUGGCUUUAACCCAUACUUGAUUAAGCCAAAUAAAUCGUCUGCAAGUACUCCUACUGUAGCAAUUUCUGGACUUGGAUGGCGGACUACAGGAACUGGAGGGCCAAGUGUUACAGUAAGUUAUGAGCAGCCUGAAACAAUUUCUCGAAUUAAAUGGCGGACUACAGGAACUGUCCCAGAAACUUAUGAGCCGCCCACAGUUUUAUAUCAACCGAUUGAUGAAAUUGAGACAGAAGGCUGCGAGCUUUGCCGGUGUAAUGAAAAAUUUGUACACAGCUGCGGUCUAAAAACAGACAUUAACCAAUUUAUUUCCUAUAUAAAUGAAAUGGUGGCGAUAAAUGAACAAUAUAAUUAUGUCACAUGCGAAGAAUGCAGAGGAUUGUUUUCAAUUGAGAUUUUUCAAUGCAGGAAUAAUCAUUUUGAUAGAUUGCCUGGUGGAUUUUUUACGUAA